AUGAACCUGCUGCUGCUGCUGCUGCCGCUCGGCCUGCUGCCGGCUGUCUCUGCAGAGUUCGACCCGCGACUCGUAGGCACCUGGACGACCAAGUCACGGAAGGUCGUAACAGGCCCGGUGCGUACACUCACUCCCCCCCGGACAGCUGAAGGAGGCGCUGGAGGAUGCAACAGGCUGGCUGACAACUUUCUCCUGCAGGGCUUCUACGAUCCGAUCAAGGACAGGCUGAUCGAGCCGUCGCACACGGGCAUCUCCUACUCCUUCACUGAGGAUGGCUACUUUGAGGAAGCUCAGUACCGCGCCAUUGCGAACCCACAAAACCCGGCCUGUCCCAGCGGGAUGAUGCUGUUCCAGCAUGGGACUUACGAGAUCAAGCCCAACGGGACCCUCCUGUUGAACGCAUAUGCCUUCGAAGACGACGGGCGUCAGUUGAUAUCAGACCCUUGCAAGGGCGAGCGAGCAAGCUACUACAGAUACAACCAGAACGAGACCUUCAAGAGGUACGAGGUCUUACUCGAUGAAUUCCACAACAUACAGCGGCUCAACCUGUAUGGACACGACGGCACACCCAUGAACCGCAUGUUCCUCAUCUACAAACCUCCCCAGAUGCUGCCAACCAAGCACCUCAACCCCGUCGUCAAGGUUCAACGACGAAAACGAGACCUUGGAGAAGGCGAAUUCGACAGGUCUCCCAUCAAGAAUUCUGUCCUCUCCCACCUACCCGUAACCGCCAAUGCCGACCGCUGGUGGUGGGUUGGCGUCCUCAUGACCUCCAUCGGCGGGAUUGCUCUCAUCUACUCCUAG